CAUACACUGUAACCGUCCCUGAAUCGCUGCACUCAAUCAGCCGUAGAAGAAGAAGAGCAACAUGGCGGAACGUGGCUACAGUUUCUCCCUCACCACAUUCAGUCCCUCUGGUAAACUGGUCCAGAUUGAAUAUGCACUGGCAGCGGUUGCAGCUGGAGCUCCCUCAGUUGGCAUCAAAGCUUCCAAUGGAGUUGUCCUGGCAACAGAGAAGAAACAAAAGUCCAUCCUGUAUGAUGAGCAGAGUGUCCACAAAGUGGAGCCCAUCACCAAACACAUAGGCAUGGUCUACAGUGGCAUGGGGCCUGACUACAGGGUUUUAGUGCGACGAGCCCGAAAACUGGCACAGCAGUACUUCUUGGUGUAUCAGGAGCCAAUUCCUACAGGCCAACUUGUGCAGAGAGUGGCCUCUGUGAUGCAGGAGUAUACACAGUCUGGGGGAGUUCGUCCAUUUGGUGUUUCCUUGCUGAUAGCUGGAUGGGAUGAGGACCACCCCUACUUGUUCCAGUCGGACCCAUCUGGUGCAUAUUUUGCAUGGAAAGCCACGGCCAUGGGAAAGAACUAUGUUAAUGGAAAAACAUUCCUUGAAAAAAGGUAUAACAAUGACCUGGAGUUAGAAGACGCCAUCCACACAGCCAUCCUGACGUUGAAGGAGAGUUUUGAGGGUCAGAUGACAGAGGAGAACAUUGAAGUGGGAAUCUGCAAUGAGGCAGGCUUCAAAAGACUCACCCCAGCAGAGGUGAAAGACUACCUGGCAGCCAUUGCGUGAACGCAGCCUCCCUGAUGGCGGGGCUCUCUGGCCAUAUCUCAAGACAAAGAUUACCAGCGCAGUAGACAACAGUCUCAUGAUACAUUUUUGCAAACUACAGUUUUUCAGUGACUUUGACCUCAUUGUUUUAUGCUCCACAAAAAUAAAAGUAUGCUGGCAGUGACCUCUCUCCGUGUUCAAGAUUAUUAAUACAGUAGGACAGAUUUAGCCUAAUGAUCAUUGCCCCUUAUCUCGUCAUUACUUAAACAGGAUAGUCUGCAUGAACCUGUUUAUAUGAUGAUACUGUUUUUGGGUCAAUGUGGCUGCCACAGGCACAUACGACUGGAUUGUCAUUGGUUGUGAGAAUGGGUUAAAAAAAACAGUUUUCUAUGUCUAUUACAUUCCCUUUGUUAAAUUUGGGGCCGUUGUCUACUGUGCAGAGUUAAAAGGAAUGUGGGCUGUGAAAUGUAAAAUCUCAAGCAUUGUCCUUAAUCCUCAAUUUCUUUUUGCUCGUUAAUGUUCUGCUGUAGCUAUGAGCAUGAUAUAUGGCCCUGCUUAAAAAGAAAACAAAAAAAUGUAGGUAGUGGCAGUCAAACCUUAUUUUCACCUUUCCCACCGGAAUAUUUUGUAUUCAUCUUCAUCAAUUAUCAAACAUUAGAAAAGUGAAUAAACUAAAGGAAGCAAGUGGGUAGGAUCUAAUGGACAGUCUUGAGAUUUUGCAGUAAACAUCUAUUUGCCUGUACAACUGUUUUACAUGAUGUACUCAUUUUUUUCAGAGUAGAAACACUUCUUCAAUUUGUAUUUUUCUCUGGCAUGUGCCACUUAUUCAAAUAAAAGUUGGUGAGCCAG